UACAAACAGCUGCCGCUUGAAUUGUCGAAACAGCAAUCGGCCCUCGCAUUGAACAAGAGGAUCUCCUGUCACACAAACUGUCCUCGCUGCUGUUUGUCGUCGAAUGGCACCCUAGCGCCAACUUGCACGAUUUACCUAUGAGACAGCAGUACACCCGAAAAGAAAUCUUCCAUACUGACUUCCCCUCCAACAGCCUCUGGCCUCAUCACCUUCUUCUGACAUGCAGGAAGCAGAUGAGGUCCCUAUUGUCACGGGUCCAAGUCAAUGAGCGAGAUGGGCAUCGGCAAGCCGCGAUCGUCUAGAUGCAGUUCUGUCUACCUCCUACUAUGCGGUCUAAAGUGAAAUGGAUCGUUUGCUUCACUGCCGACACCACUUCAUAAAGACCUCUCUCUUGCACUUCCAUCCUUUUCAAUCUUGACAUUGAUCUUAUGUGAGGCUCCCUUCUUCGAGACCCCUCACAACGCUAUGGAUGGAACUGUACCCGCCGCAGUAGCGAACACGCUCGUUACUCAGACGGCCUUCAGCGAGCCAGGUUUUCAAGAGCCAACCGAUCUCGGUCACGAUGAGGCAGACUAUCUCACCGAGUCAAACGACGAAAGUCAAGACGGAUCUCAAACCUCGGAAGCCACGGCGGAGUCGGAUCGAGAUGCUAAUAAAGCCACCCUCAAUGACUACGUGCUGAAGACCGCCGCCGCCAACGAACGGCGCGCAUCAUCCCCUGGGCAAACCAAGAACAAAGAGUCUGACAGUAUCAUCGAUCAGGCCCGCGAGUAUCAGCAAGAACUCUUCGAACGUGCCAGAGACGAGAAUGUCAUUGCCGUCCUCGACACUGGAAGUGGUAAAACCCUCAUUGCAGCUUUACUGAUCAGACACUUUCUGCAGCAAGAAUUGAUCGACCGGAGCAAUGGCAAACCAGGAAAGAUUGUCUUCUUCCUCGUCAACAGUGUCCAUCUCGCCCGACAGCAAACCCGGUUCCUCAACAACAAUCUACCGCAGAAUGUAAGGGAACUGUUUGGCGAAGCCAACGAGGAUCUGUGGAGAAGAGCUGAUUGGGACAACAUCUUUGCCAACAACAGCGUCGUAGUUUGCACAGCUGCCGUCCUUGAUCAAUGUCUCAUGCACUCCUUCUUGACCAUGGGACAAAUUUCACUGCUCAUCUUUGACGAGGCCCACCACUGCAAGAAGAAUCAUCCAUACUCCAGGAUCAUUCGGGACUACUAUCUGAAAUGGAGUGGGGACAAACCUCGCAUAUUUGGAAUGACUGCUUCUCCAGUUGAUUCCAAGCGAGACAUUGUCCAAGUUGUCAACGAUCUGGAGGCCCUCUUGCAGAGCAAGGUGAUUACUACCAAAGACGCCUCGGUCUUUGAGUUUGCACCGAGGGCAACAGAUGACUUCUGGACGUAUCCUCCGCUGCAUGCAGGAUUUGACACGGAGCUGAGUGCUCAACUGCGUCCUCUUUGUGGCUUCAUUGAGGAUUUGAAAAAGUACUUCACCUUUUCUAGAUAUGCGGCGAGGGAACUCGGUACCUGGGCAGCUGACAGAGUCUGGAAAUACGGUCUUCCGACGUCGAAUCACGAAGCCACAGCCGUCAUCAAGCAAUUUGAACGUAGCAGAACCUACAUCGAGGAGCCUGGCAAUAGCCGACGAAAAGCAGCAUUGGAUUCUGUCCAGCGGGCCAUCUCUCUCGUCAAGGGGUACCGUUUUGGUCCUCCAGGUGAUGGCGCGGAUCAAGAAUUAUCACCUAAAGUGAAAUAUCUACUCAUGGAGCUCAAGAAGCGAUUUUCGGGGUCGCUGGCCGCGCGAGGAAUAGUCUUCGUCGAACAGAAAUUUACAGCAUUCAUCCUUUGCGAUCUAUUCGAAAUGUUGCAACUCACCAAUCUCAGACCGGGAGUCCUCGUUGGCGUAGGCCAGGCCAGUGCAGAGUCAAGUCCAUGGAGGGACCAAGAGACCGUCAUGGAAAAGUUCCGGUCAGGAAGGAUCAAUCUCAUUUUCGCUACCAGUGUUGCUGAGGAAGGCAUUGAUAUUCCACAAUGUAAUCUGGUUGUCCGCUUCGACCUGUAUGAGACUCCAAUUCAGUACAUGCAGAGUCGAGGGAGAGCUCGGAUGAAGAACUCGAUUUACGCGCAUAUGAUCGAGGAAGGCAACCAGAAGGAUAUGUCCAAGGUCGACUAUGCCAUUCAGAUGGACGAUUACAUCAGAAGAUUCUGCCAGGACCUUCCCCCAGACCGUCUGCUGGGUCAAGGUUCGAAGCUCAAACAGCUCCUCGCUAGAGAUGCGAGUUGCCAGAGCUUUGAGACUGCCACUGGAGUCAUUGCAAGCUAUAGCAACUCUCUGCUGCUUCUGACAAGAUAUGCGGAGUCCUUGAAGAGAAUCGGUGCGGCUUCGGCGGAAGUCUACGAAGAAAUCAUCGACCCCGAAGCAAACAUGUUUAGAUACAAGGUCAUACUGCCAGCAACUGAAGAUCCACGUACUGCCAAAGUCAAGGGUGCUCUAGGGGAUGCACGAACGAACAAGGUCUUAGCUAGGCGCUCCGCUGCCUGGCACUGCUGUUUCAAACUGCGCAGAGCAGAACUUCUUGACGCGAAUCUCGAUAGUAUCUUUGUGAAAGUCAAGCCGGCCAAUCUGAACGCUCGCAUCGCAGUAUCGGAGAAGAAGGACAAUUACGAGAAAAAACUGAAGCCCGACUUUUGGCUGGAGGGCGGUGCGGACUCGACAAAUCUACCAAUCCGACUAUUCGUCACUCAAGUUGUCCUUGGACCUUCAUCGAGCUCGACGGCGACGAAUAGCUUGCUACUCUUCACACGCUCACUUUUGCCGCAGCUUCCAAGUUUUCCCGUCUAUGUGGAUGACAAUGUGGAAAGACAGGUCACUUGCAUCCAGAUGUCGCAACCGGUAACCGUCACAGAAGAGCAGAUCGAUGCUUUGACGAAGUUCACCCUCAACGGAGUGUUCAGUGAUGUGUUCCACAAGACCUUUGCCUCGGAUCCUAAGUCUAUGAGCUACUGGCUGAGCCCUCCGGCAAAGGGACCCUUGCGAGACUCAUUCGAGACUAUUGUCAAUAUGGAAGAACUCUUGCUUGUUGGGAACGCCGAACGCAGACGUUGGGUGUCUAUCACGGAUCCAGAGGAUGCGCCCAGGAACACAAGCGCAUGGUGCAAUGCAUUUCUUGUCGAUCCUGGUAGCGGAAAGUUCCGUUACUUCACAGAGAACAUCGAGCCCGAGAAAUCAAUUUGGGACGCGCCGCCAGAAAUUGCAAUCAAUCUCCAGAAGAGACACAAGGACACGAUCAUUGGCUUCACCGAUAGCACUUAUGGGAAGUACCGUAAAGAUCCGAACACCUUCGCGAGCAGAUACGAUCCACACCAGCCCGUCUUGAAAGCCAAGGUAGUCCUGGCGGGCAGGAAUUAUCUGAAGGAAUGUCCUCCGGAAGAACAACGCUUCGCUACGUGCUAUAUCGCGCCUCAGCCAUUGGAGCUCGCUCGAGUGUCGCCUGAUGUGGCGGCAUUUUGUGUAUUGUGGCCCUCAAUCCUGCACAGAUUGGAGUCCUAUCUGAUUGUGCGUGAAGCAUACAUCAAGCUCGACUUGACCGAAGUGCCCCUUGAUCUGGCUCUUGAAGCAUUCACCCAGGGAAGCAGCGCAGAUGCCGCAAUUGGAGAUGUGCAUUCUGAAUUGGAUGGCAACGAUGCGUCUCGCGCCGCCGUACAGAAAGCGGCUCUGAACUACGAGCGUUUGGAAUUCAUUGGCGAUUCACUUCUCAAGAUGAUGACAACCAUCGCCGUCUUCAACCGUACUACCUGCAACGAGGAGGGAAUGCACUGCAGGCGCAUGGGUCUGCUCUCAAACAGCCGUCUAUGCACGACCGCGUCUGCACCACACUACGAGCUCUUCCGCUACAUCCGUGCAUCGUCUGACCCUCACUGGCAGACCACAUGGUAUCCUGAAUUCUUGAAGCAGACAGGAGGCAAUCAGCGACGGCUCAAGCUGGACCUGAAACACAAGCAGCAUGCAUUAGGAAAGAAGACGAUUGCCGACGUUUGCGAGGCGACCAUUGGGGCCUGUAUCAUGACUAGCCAGCAUUUACCGACGGAACAGAAGUUCGAUCUUGGUAUUCGUGCCAUCACCAAGCUGGUGGACGACCCUGAUCACGCCCUCACUUCCUGGAAGGAGAUUGCCCCAAUGUACAAUCCUCCAGCAUGGAGCCUACAGACCAACGACCCCGUGGCCUCUGAUCUUGCGAACAAGAUCGAACAGAUCACUGGCUACACAUUCAGACACCCACGCUUGGUGCGUUCAGCAUUCACCCACUCGUCGGACCAGAACUCGCCGGUUCCUGACUUGCAGCGCCUCGAAUUUCUGGGUGACGCCUGCCUCGACUGGGUUUGUAUCUGGUGGCUCUUCUCGACCAAUCCGACUCGCGAUCCACAGUGGCUGACCGAGCAUAAAAUGGCCAUGGUGUCGAACAAGUUCCUCGCCGCGCUGGCGGUGGUGCUCGGCUUCCACAGACUCAUCUACGCCACCACGCCCGCUCUCUACGAGGAAAUCGGAAACUACGCGGCCAAAGUGCAAGAAAUCUAUGAGCAGGAAGGUGUCAAGCGUGACUUCUGGACUCGUAUUGGCUCGGGCUGCGCUCCGCCCAAAGCAUUGGCCGAUCUGGUCGAGAGUUAUCUGGGCGCCGUGCUUCUGGAUUCGGGAUUCAACUUCGUCGAGAUUGAGAAUUUCUUCGAGAAGCAUGUGAAAUGGUUCUUCGAGGACAUUGAAGCCUACGACACCUUUGCAAAUCGACACCCGACUACUCACUUGUUCCGCCUCCUCAGAGAAGAGUUUCGAUGCCAUAAGAGCUCGCCCGAGAUCAUCGAAGGAGUGGUCUCGGCGCCGACAACAACUGGAGAUCGUGAAGAAGGUGACGAUGGUGCAGGUGAUCAGUCAGUCGGCGGUGUCACCGUCCACGUCGCCUGGUUCGUGCACGGUCGGAUCGUGUCGGCAAGUAAAGGGCAGGGAGCGAAGUAUGCCAAGGUCCGAGCGAGCAAGUCUGCUUUGAAGAUUCUGGGCAAACUGAAGGUUGAUGAGUUCCGAAAGGAAUGGGGUUGUGACUGUGCGCAGAAGGGCGUGAAGGGCGUGAACGGCACGGAAAAGCACGAGGACGAAAUUCAGGAGAAGGCGACUGACUAAGUAUCAACCUAGGCCAUAGUUUUCGAGGCAUCAAAAGAAUGGGCCAAGGAUGUGAUAUGACCAGACAAACAGAGUCGAGAAAUGAAUGUCCCGAGAACGUUAGAAAGA